AUGAAGACUUUCGUUCCUGUUUUGGCCCUCGCCGCUGGCGUGUCGGCUACUGGACUUCACUUCCGUGGCUGGAAGUGUGAGGAUGACGGCGACAAGAGGAGCAAGUUUGCUCCUCGCACCUUCGGGAAGGCCAUCACUGGUACUUGCUCUUCGGACAAGAAGAAGUCGCCGUCUUUCGGCUGUGGCGCCUCGGUCGACAAGUUCUCGCUCGGCUCCAUCCACGUCAAGCCCGAGUUCGACUGCGAUCUCGAGUUCCACUAUGACAUGCCCGAUGGAUCGACCUGCAAGCACCGCAGCCCCUGUCGCAAGUCUGGUACUACCGUCGUGAACCGCCAGUGCGGCGGUGCCAAGAACGUCACCAUCAUCUACCCCCCGCAGCCUCACCUGCCGAAGCCCAGCUGCACCAUCAAGGUGCCCACCAUCUCCUUCGACUGCGACACCGCUUCUAGCACCAAGCCCCCCAAGACCAAGACGACCAAGAUCCCUCCCGCCACUACCGCUCCGCCCGCCGAAGCCUCCACCACCCCGCCUGCUGGCACCCCGCCUGUCGAGUCCAACACCCCUCCCGCAGAGACCACCACCCCCCCGGUUGAGGCCACCACUCCCCCUGCUGAGAACACUCCUCCCUCGGAGACCAACACUCCUCCCGCCGAGUCCAACACCUCGCCUGCUGAGAACACUCCUCCUGCCGAGACCAACACUCCUCCUGCCGAGACCAACACGCCUCCUGCCGAGACCAACACGCCUCCUGCCGAGACCAACUCCGCCCCCGAGGGCAGCGAGACCAGCAGUGUUUCGCCUGGCCAGGAGACCAGCGACGUCGUCGUUCCUCCUCCCGUGACCAAGACCAUCACGACCAGCUACGACAGCACGUCGACCGUCUUCACAACCAGCACCCAGACCAUCACCUCGUGCGCGCCUACCGUCCCCGACUGCCCGGCUAACUCGGUUGUCACCACCGUCGUCACCGUCGCUGUCUCGACCACCAUCUGCCCUGUCACCGAGACUUUGACCACCAUUGAGGGCCCUACCUCCAGCCCCCAGCCCAGCGACGGCCCCAGCGACGGCCCUAGCGAUGGUCCUAGCGAUGGCCCCAGUGACGGUCCCAGCGAUGGGCCUGGCGCCACUUCUGCUCCUGAGGCUGCCACCACCUCCGCCCCUGUCGUCGGUGGUACCACCGGCGUCGUCAGCUCGGUCUCGCCCGUUGAGACCCUCCCUUGCCCGGGCGUCGUCCCGUCGUGCCUGAACACCUUCCUGUUCAACACCGGCUGCUCUGACAACACCGACACCGCCUGCUACUGCCCGGAUGCUACCUUCGUCAAGAACGUCUACGACUGCCUGUACGCCCACGGCGAGACCGACUCGAUCAUCGCCGAGGCUGUCGCCUACUUCCAGGGUAUCUGCGGCAAGUGGGUCAACGAGAACCCUGCCAUCGCCACCGACGCCACCGUCACCACCUACAUCACCGUGACUGCCCAGCCCACCGUCGCGCCCGUCUACACCACCGUCAUCGUUGACGUGACCACCGUCGUGCCCUGCACCGACGACGCUGGCGAGAUCAUCCCGAGCUCCAGCACCACCGUUACCGUCAGCACCAGCAUGACCGUGCCCCAGAUUGACUUCACCACCGGCUCGUCCGGCGGCGUCGAGGUGGUCCCCAUCACCGCCGUCCCGGCUGUCACCGCCCCGCCCACCCCGUCUGUCGACGGCCCCGGCGUCGUCAUCACCGCCAACGGCACCGCCAUCACCGUGCCCACCGGCACCGGCGCGCUCGUCCCCAGCAGCACCAGCACCCACUCCGUCGUCGUCGGCGCCGGUGGCCGCGUCGGUGCUAGCUUCGGCCUCGCUGCCGCCGUGGCCUUUGCCGCUGCCCUUGUCCUUUAA